AUGUUUCCCUUCGCUCUUGAAACCCCGGCUAUUGGCCUGUCUGCCUCGCUUGUUUUGGGACGACUUGCGUACCUCUUUUUCUUUCAUCCCUUAGCGAGAUUUCCGGGACCGUUGCUGUCAAAAGGGAGCGAUGGAUAUUGGUACUACGCUCUCCUCAGCGGCCGAGGUCCAUGGAUGAACCAUGACUGGCACAAGAAAUAUGGUCCCAUCGUCCGUACCGCCCCGAACCACCUAAGCUUCAAUGACCACCACGCUCAAAAGAUCGUCUACGGCUUCGGCACGGAAACCGUCCCCUCUAUGAAAAAGGACCCUCGAUUCUUCACACCAGAGGUCGAUCACUCCAUGAACAUCAUCAACGAAUGUGACAGGGAAGAGCACUCACGUAUGAGGCGGAUGCUUAGCUUUGCAUUCAGCAUGUCCAAUCUGAUGCGGAAUGAAGACGUCCUCAUACGCCGAACUGAUGACUUCUUGGACGCGAUUGGCGGCAUCGAGAGCGAGGAUGGGAAAAACGGAAUCAACAUUGUCCGAAAUUUCAACUAUGUGACCUUCAACAUUAUGGGUGAAAUGUCCUUUGGCGAUUCUUGGGAUUUGCGAUUGAAGGAGCAAGCAGAGCAUCGUUACCAUUGGGCUGACGUGAUUGUCAACUCCACCUACAUGAACGACGUCAUGCGCGCUGUUGUUUGUGUUCCUGGUUUAUUCUCUUUCCUCGAACGAUUUCCGCCCGCUCACAGCAAACAAACGCUCUACCGGCACGCUCAGUACGCAACAGAGCACACCGAAGCCCGCCUCAAACUUCAGACCGACCGCAAAAACUUCAUGUACCACAUCCUCAACGCCAAAGGCCUCGCUGCAACCCCAAAAGAAAUCGCUUCCCACUACAACGUCAUCAUGAUGGCCGGCGCCGUCACCACCGCUGUCCGGCGUUAUGUACUAUCUUGGCCAUAA